ACAAAAAAUCUACCGAAAAAUUCUCAAAAAAACAAGAUUUUUGCAUGCAUAUUUUAUAUAUAUGUGUAUACGUGUGUGGUGAAGAGCGAAUUGAUGUUGAUAGAGAAUGGAUGGGAGGAAGAGAAUGUUAUGUGAUGAUAUGGGUACGAUAAAGAAAGGGCCAUGGAAGGCAGAAGAAGAUGAGGUUUUGAUAAACCAUGUCAACAAAUAUGGCCCUAGAGACUGGAGCUCCAUUCGAUCCAAAGGUCUCUUGCAACGUACUGGCAAGUCGUGCCGUCUCCGUUGGGUUAACAAACUCCGACCCAACUUGAAGAAUGGGGUGAAGUUUUCGGCAGAGGAGGAGAGAACAGUGAUAGAUCUUCAAGCACAAUUUGGUAACAAAUGGGCUAAAAUAGCCACAUAUUUGCCAGGAAGAACAGACAAUGAUGUUAAGAAUUUUUGGAGUAGCAGACAGAAGAGGCUGGCAAGGAUUCUGCAGACAUCUGCACCACCAUGCGGCAGCAAGCCUAGGAAGAACAAGGAAAUCCAAGUCCCUCCUCUUCUUGACGGUGUUCCCUCUUUGGAGGUAGUGCCUCAUGGAUUGAGGCUUGUUUAA